AAAAUAUGUUUGGGGACAAAAAACUGUAAUUUUAGAUAAACACUCAGAUAAACCAGUUUUUUUCUCUCGAUGUACAAGAAAAUAUCAGAAAAAUAAAAAAUGUUCCGUACUGGUACAUGUAUUUUCGACACUGCAGUUUGAAUUGUUCGUUAUUUUUAAUGUCAGUAUGGGGAAAAUUUUAUCCUGAGUAAUAACUAUUAUGUAACAUAUUUUAUAUUAUUAUAUAUGCAUAGUAUGAGAAUUGCAGAAAAACGAAUUAUUCGUUGCGCUUCUAAGCAAUAACGAGUAGUUGUAAACGUGUUCAUCGCAUUGUUUGUCAUCGUUUACAAAAGAACUGUUGCAUAAAUAAAUUUAUCGAUUAAAUUUUUGGUUGAAGAAAACAGAAUAUCUGGUUCAUUAUGAAUCAAAUUCGAUUCUAAGAAUUAAAAAUUCUAUUUCUUUCAACUAAAACAGUUCGUUUAUUAUCAAGUUAAUUCAACCAAACUUUUCUUUGUCUAGCAUUUAAUGAUAUACGUGAAAAAUAUAAUUCAGUAUGGGAAUUUAUUUUUAUACACGCGUUUCAGAACUAUUGAAAAAGUUUCAUACUUCUUGGAAAAAGUUACUUCUGCGUGCAGAUUUAUGCUUUGAUCUCUACAAAUUUUCCUUUGGAAUUUUUUCUACAGUAUAUCCCAGCCGCGGGCAAAGCUACUAUUUUAAACUAGUGCAAGAUAUUGCACUUUUCAUAAUUUCAAAAUUACAACUUUUCGGACAAUCAAACGAUUCGGACUGCACAAAGUGCAGUUGCUGCAUUUGGCGAAACAGACAUGAAGGAGAAAUAACUUUCUUCUAUGAUUUUAUGCGCGCAAAAUGAUUCUAUAAACCGUAUAUGUAUUUCUUUGCAAUAACCGAAAUACAAACAUGCUACAACAUGGCUGCUUUGCCCUGAUAUCGGGUCAAGGAAACUAGCAAUCCAGAAUAAAAAGAUUAUAAUAUAUGUACGUCCUUAUACCUUAAAAAAUAUUUUGUCAUUUAGAACUAUUUUGUAAUAAUUGAACUUUAUUGUUUUGUGCCAGGGAGAAAAAGUAUAAAAUAUAUUUCCGAUGGACAGAAUAUAGUAAUUUUUGUUCUCUUUUUGUAUUAACAUAAGGUCAACUUUACCUCGUUCAUUCACGUGCUCGAUUACAAUCAUUUUAUGAAUAGAAAUUACUUGUAUUAUCCGAAACAGUAGGAAUAUUUCUCGUUCUAACUAAUAAUACUCACUUAAUUUUACUCACGAUGGAGAAUAUUAACACGAAAUGUCGAGAUGCUCGAAAAUGUACUCGACUGCUCCUAAAUCAGUUUUACCUACUUUCGAGCUAUAAUAUUUUUCCAUUUCGGUAUAACUCGGGGAAAAAUACGCAUGUUCUAAGAGGAACGUUUUACAUUUUCGUUUCCACUGUUCCUCUUACGAUAAAUACCAAGAACCAUAAACAUGACUAACAUAACCUUCGGGCCAACUAGACCCGGUCUGCCCUACUUUUUCAACUAAUGAAUGUUUAUAUCCUCGAGGAAAAUUCUCGCGUGUCGCGUGUUACGCGACGCGUGUUACGCGAUUCGGAUAGUUUAUUAAAUAAGUAAGUAUAUGAACGUGUGUGUAUGAUAAUUUUUAUAUAUAUAUAUAUAUAUAUAUAUAUAUAUAUAUAUGCACGAACAUACGCGUUAAUUUCAUAUGCGCACGCGGAUGGCAGGAUUUAACGGAUGCGCGGCAAAAUUUUCACGGCACUUUCGCGCAGCGAAGGAAAAUCUGGCGACGACAAUGCUGAAAAAUUCAUGCCUUUCGUAAAAGAGAAUAUGAGCGGGAUUGCGAAUAGAUAAGGCGGGACACCUGACACGUAUAUGACGAGUAACGGGGCAUACGUGGUCAGACGUUAAAUCGAUACAACUGCCGGCGCGCGGCGGUCCUACGGGAAUUUCAUAUGACGUUACCGCGCGAAAAGCUCCACUUACUCCAAGAAGUCAAGUGUCGAUAUUUCAUCAGAGAAGGAGCAUCGAUACUUUACGCGCUCUCGAGGAUGGGUGAGACGUCGGGAGGAACGUCCGCGUACAAAUUCUCCCGGAGCGAACGGCGCGGUUGAUCUUCGGCAGGCGGCGUUUUAAAACGCGCGUGAAAUAGCGUUCGACGAUCGACGCACGGAGAACCGCAGUAGGAAACGGUAGAAAAAUUUCCACCUCUCUACGAUAUUAUUUUGUGAUUGCAGCUUCUGUUUCGUUUCCUCUCCUAAUUAAAAUGAAGUGAAUUAACUGAAGGACGUAAUUUCGUCGCUCGUUUCCUUACCUUAAAUCCCGCCAAACGUCUUAUUUUUAGUCGCUAAUUCCCGGAAAGAAAUUGGAAUUCUUAUUUUUCAUUAAUACUGCAUAUAUACUGCAACUGCAUAUUUUAAGGACCAAUAGAGAAUAUUCCGAGGUUUAAAUUCAUAAAGACUAUUUCUUUAUUGCUGCAAACUGUUACUCUGGUCGUUUCCUCUGACUCUCGUUAUCUCUCUGAAUAUUAAACAUUUAUUAUUAUACAUUUAUCUCUUGUUGUUAAGGAAUUAUUUAACAUUCGAUUUCCAUAUUCUGCAUCUUUCUUUUACUUUCAAAAAGCAAUGUAUUAAUUAUACAACUUAUUAAACUACUAACAAAGUAUGUGCAAUAAAAAAAUAUUAAAUGAUACAGGUAAAUAAUGAGAUGAAAUUGGUAAGUAAUAUUAGACUACAACAAUUGAGCACAACGCUUUUUGGUCUGUUCUAUUAUUGCACUACAAAACUCGUGUACACUCGAUGCUAUACCAUUCACUAGAUCGAUACUCACUAAAAAUUCAUAAACAGCUGCAUCCGUCUUCAAUUACGCGUUUCUCAUGGCUGUUGAUCAAUCUAAGAUAUGUUAGAUACUAAAAGAAAGGUAAGUAAGAGAUUAAUUUUGUAAAGACAAAUAAUUGCAAUUAGUUAUAUAAAUUAAUUUGAAUUCGUAAUCAAAUAGUCUGCCUCCCCAUAUAGAAUUGCAUAUAAGCGGAUAACUCUUAGUGUCGGUCUACAACCUUCAGCAGCUGACCAACCACAGUAAAUUAUUCUCCUUACGUCUCAAGAAUAAUCGAUUGUGAUUGGUCAGUUGCUUACAACUUAAAGUUUAAAGCGAGGUUGUAGACCGACACUUAGGACUGUGACAGAAAAACUUAAGCAGUUUAAAAAUUUAGUUGAUAAAAGUUACAAAAUACAAUCUAAAAUAGUACACGCUGCACACUCGUACUAAGUUAAUCUUUAAUAAGUUAGGGUUACGGACUAAGCAGUUAAUAAUUCCAUUGCUUCCGGGUGUCUGUGACACUUAACAGGCUACAGAAAUCGUGAUAUUCCUUAUUAUCCAACUACUCCUUAAUUUUCGUGCUUUUUCUUUAACACAUUUCCUUUUAAACAGGACGUGAAAUCUUGAAUGUAUCGAAAUCAUGGGAUGGAAGUGGUUCAAGAAUGGAAGUGAUACAGGAAUAGAUGCGAUACAGGAAUGGAGGUGAUCUAGGAGUAGAGGUGUUCCAGUAAUGGAUGCGAUCCAGGGAUGGAGACGAUCCAAGAAUGGAGGCCAAGGAUCCGGCCAGGAUCCGGAAAUAGAGAAUGGAGAUUGGCAGGAGCUGCGGCGCAGGAGGGAGGAGUGCGAAGAUUUCCUGCGAAGCAACGAGAGCUCUCUGGCGCCCUUCGAUCCCGCCAGCAGCGACGUCAACAGGGUAGCUCGGUUAAUCUUGGACGGUCAAGGAGGUGGCGCGCCGUUAAAUGGCGCUGUUAAUUCCGAGCUUGGCUGGUCGUCCGACUCCCUGGGAAUCUGUGAGACCGCGGCAGCGGGUAAACACGCCGUCGCAACCAGGGAAAUACAUCCGGGCGAUAUUCUGGUAGUCGAGCCACCGCUGGCGGGUUGUCUCCUACCCGAAUUCUAUGGCACCCAUUGUCAGCAUUGUUACACGAGACUGACAGCGCCAGUCGGAUGCCCGAACUGCAGCAGCGUCGCCUUCUGCGGCACAAAGUGCAGAGACAACGCGAUGACAACGUAUCACAAGUACGAGUGCAAAAUCUUGGCCCUGUUGAUAGGCUCCGGCAUGAGCAUACUCAGCAUGCUCGCCUUUCGGAUGGUGACGCAGGAGGGUCUGCACAAGUGUUUGAGGAUCUACGAUGAGUUAAGGAAGAGUGGCGGGUGCGCCGGCGAAAAGGCCGCGGCGCCUUCGGCGACGCUCGCGGUGACGACGCCGGAUAUGCUCGACGCGAAGUCGCCGAGCAGGUCGGCCAGGAGGAGAAUCAGACGGAGGAAACUGAGGGAGUCUAGACGGGGCGAGGGGAUUACCGCGACGACAACGACGACGGCGACGACGGAGAAGCAGGAGAAAGUGAUGAAGGAGGAAGAGGAGGAGGAGGAAAAGGAGGCGAAAGAGAACGACGAGGAGAAGGUGAGCACAAUAAAGUCCCGCGACAACGGCGGCGAUGGCGACGACGAGAACGUCGACGUGGGACCGUACAAUUUGGUGACGCACCACGACAGACGGACGGGCAAAGACUUCCUGGAGAGAUCGCUGAUGGCGGCCUUCCUACUCAAGUGCUUGCAGAGAGUCGGCUUUUUCGCUCACCCCACGGCGGACGACGAGAUCCCGGGCACCGAGGAGAUCACCGUAGCCGCCCUGCUGCUGAGGAACCUGCAGCUGCUCCAAUUUAAUGCCCACGAGUUCUUCGAGACGCGGCUAAGCGAGCAGCAUCGAUUCCGCGGCAGUCGACCGGUCUAUCUCGGCGUGGCAAUUUAUCCCACGGUCGCCCGUUUCAAUCACGACUGCUACCCCGCAGUGACGAGAUACUUCGUCGGCCGGCACAUCGUAAUAAGAGCGACUCGCGGUCUGCGGCCUGGCGACGUUAUUGCCGAAAACUACGGGCCCAUAUUUACGAAGAGGACCCUCGCUGAACGUCAAAGGACACUGGCGGCAAGAUAUUGGUUCCGGUGCGGAUGCAACGCCUGCCAGGAGGACUGGCCGCGCUUUGAGAAUCUGACGAACGACUCCGCGAGGUUGAGGUGUCCCACGGCGGGAUGCGGCAGAUUGCAUUCGCGGGCGCAGCAGCAACAGAAGCAGCCAUCUAAGCUGAUAAAAUGUUCGGGUUGUCAAAAGAAAAUCUGCUUGAAGGAUCGUCUGGCGUCCCUGCGGGAGUGUGAGGCACUCUAUGCUCGCGGAUUGGCGAGUAUGGAGGACGAGCGGGUCGGCGAGGCGAUCGGGAUGUUGCGCGACGCCCUGAAGAGAUUUCACCAAGUCGCCUGUCCACCGCACCGGGACACGCACCUGGCCGAAAUUGCUUUAAGCUCUUGUCUGGCUGACUCCGGGAAUACUUGGAGACCGACGGCGCUUUGAGCGCGCCGGACGCAGUGGAAGAGGCGGGGGUGGCGCAGGGAAAGGAGCAGAAGCGGCAGGAAGUGGAAGAGAGAGAGAAGCCGCAUAUCCGCGGCUCCUCUUGUAAGCACGCCCGUGUGCGGCCGUGAUAUCGCCGCGAAUAAAAGACGGGAGCGGCAGCGUUUGAUCGCGCCGCAACGUCAGAUGGCAAUUUCACGGGCGGCUAGGAGCGGAGGGGGUACGAAAUUUGGGCUUUUCGCACGCGCGCGAGAGGGAUGUUAUCUUUAUUGCCGGUUGCGAGAUUGCCGAUUCGCACGCCGACGCGAUAAAGCUUCUCACCGAGGAACAAUGCGACAAAAAGGCAGCCGUCCUCUCGCGCAAACGGCGCGUAAUGUCGCACGCACGCACAUCAUCGCUAAUGCACACAAGCACGAGCACGCACACACAUACAGCGCAGAAACUUGCAGCUGUACUGCAAGGAAUAUUCUAUACUACAGUACAAUGUUACAGAGACAUUGCAUAGAUAAUUUUCAUCAUGUUACAUACUAGCGAUACUUCAUAAACAUUGUGAAAAUAUAAUAAUUUGAUGUAUUUAUGUAUACUAGAACCCAGAUAGACUCAUGACGUGAAACAAUCGGUUGGCAAAAGCUCUAUUUUUUAAAUGUAAUUUUUCAAAUUACAUUUAUGAGGCAAAUAUUGACUUAAAUCAAAUUUCCAUCACGCAACGAUAUAAAUUUUUUAUUAUAUCGAUGCAAUGACAAAUUUACUAAAAAAAUUGUUUUGUGCAAAUUUUUAUAAUUCUUUGCGUAUUUCUUCUGUAUUUUUAUUUCGCCAUUCCACACGAUAGAUAUGUGUGCCAUAUGACUAAAGGACGUAACCUUUACAAAUCAAUUAGUAAAAUUGCUGCCCAAUCUACGAAUAUCUGUCUAUCUAGAAGUGAAAUAAAUUGCCGCAAGAAAUAUAGAAACCCUUAAAGAAAACUUUAAAAAAUUUCGUUGUAGUUUGCAGACACAUUGAUAUAUACACUAGGUUAGGUAAAGAUUAAUAUUAGUAAUCGAUUUUUGUCGUUAUAUUACCCUCUCGUUAUAUUAUCCUAGUAAUCUAUCAUAAAACUAUCGUGACUAACAUAAAAACCCAAAUAGACUCUUAUGAUUAUUACAACGUGAGACAGUCAGUUGAUAAAAAUUUUACAAUUUUUUUAAAUUACAUUAAUGAGGCAAAUGUAUUGUUUUAAUCAUCAAAUUUCCAUUAUGUGAUAAUAUAAUUGUCCUGCAAUAAUAAUUAUUGAAAUAAUAAUUAAAUGUAAUAACACGAGUGUUACGUAACAGUUACAUUGCUGAGUGGGAAAUUAAUGUAAUCUUACUCUUAGUUGGUGUUUAUUAUGACAUAUCGCACAGUCAAUCGCACAGAACAGUUUAGACACUAUUAAGUUGCGAGCUCACCAAAAUUGGGAAUCAUUACCGACCGAUCAGCUUGCGUAGUAAAAAUGUAAUUAACAACAUAAUUAAUAAUGUAAUUGUUCCGAAAGCUCGUCUGUAAUGACUCUCAAUUUUGAUAUAAUUUAGUGAGAUUCUAACUUUAUUAUGUCUAAAUAUUUUGCAACUGAAUGUAUAAUAGUAUUAAAGUGAGAUUACAGAAAAUUAAAUAUAAUUCACGAGAUAUUUCAUAUCUCGUAUUGAAAAAUAUCAAGUUGUAACAAAAUAUAAACUAUCUCGAGAAGUGUUCAAUAAUCCUCAAUAAUCUUACCCCUGUGUUUUUAUAAUACGCACAAUGACCAAAGGGAUACUGCAGAUUUUUAUGAACAAACUUCGUAAGUAUAUAGGAAUAUUUAAUCGAAAUAAAGAAAUAAAGAAAAAAGUUAACAUAUACAAUAAAACAUUACAAUAAAACUUUUAAUAUGAUUUGUUGCAUAUAUUGCUAUAUUAUUUGAUAUGUUGCUAAUCAUUAAAUAUAAUUACGAAUUUA